GUUUGUUUUAUCCUCCACCUCUCCAGAGUACGUAAUCUCCAAAUCUAGCAGUUACUUUUGUGCGUUUGUUUUAAAGUUAAUGAAAUUAAUUAAGUAGGUUUCUGAAAGCACAAACCCAAAGUUAAAGCGCGUUUUCUGGACGGCCAGAUAGAUAAUUGCGUAUCCGGGGUUUUUCGUGAAACUCAAACAAAGGCUAAAGUCGAGGAGAAGUGGAGAACCCACGAGAAGCAGUGAAGCAAGCAAGAAUCUUUUCCGUCCAUAAAAGGAAAGGAAGCGUGAAAUCGGAGGGGAAUCAAGUGAAUGCUGGAUCCUGAAGCAAAUCGAAGAGAACCCAAUUGCUAGCAACACUGCGAGCGAGGAAGGGGGGAAAGGCGUUGGCCGGCGAUUCGUUUUCCGUCUCUUUCUUCUGGUUUUGGGCUCUUCAGUUUGCUGCUUGAUGGUGGGAAUCGGUGCUGCGAACUUGAGGGGCUAACAAACGGCGCCAUCUCUCCUGCGACAGUGAGUGAACACGAAAGGGGAAAAGAAAUGAGUAAUCUUUUCAAGGGUUCGCCGUACAGACGGCGCCGAGACCUGGAGUCUGGUAGCCGCUCUGCUGACUUGGACCGCGACCUCGAUGACUACGAGUCUUCCAGUCCUUUCAACAUUACCAGUACCAAAAAUGCUUCUGUUGAGCGUCUCCGCCGUUGGAGGCAAGCUGCACUCGUGCUCAAUGCUUCUCGCCGAUUCCGGUAUACCCUAGACUUGAAGAAGGAAGAGGAGAAGAAGCAGAUAUUAAGAAAGAUCAGGGCACAUGCACAGGCUAUUCGGGCUGCAUACCUUUUCAAGGAAGCUGGACUCCGAGUAAAUGGAACAACAGACCCACAGAAAACCUCAGGCGGGGAUUUUGCAGUUUCCCAAGAACAACUUACCACGGUGACAAGGGAUCAUAAUAUUACUGCUCUGCAGGAACUUGGUGGUGUUAAAGGGAUUGCAGAGGCCCUGAAAACGAGUCCGGAGAAAGGAAUUCUUGGAGAUGAUUCCGAUUUAGUGAAACGAAAGAAUGUGUUUGGCUCUAACACGUAUCCUCAAAAGAAGGGAAGAAGCUUUUGGAUGUUUCUUUGGGAAGCUUGGCAAGAUUUGACCUUAAUCAUAUUGAUGGUAGCUGCAGCUGCUUCUUUGGCCCUUGGCAUAAAAACAGAGGGUAUCAAGGAAGGCUGGUACGAUGGUGUCAGCAUUGCCUUUGCUGUUCUUCUCGUAAUUGUUGUAACUGCUAUAAGUGAUUAUAGACAGUCCCUGCAAUUCCAAAAUUUGAAUGAGGAGAAGAGAAACAUACAUUUGGAGGUUAUCAGAGGUGGAAGAAGAGUUGAGGUUUCCAUAUAUGACAUUGUUGUUGGUGAUGUCAUACCGCUCAACAUUGGUGACCAGGUUCCUGCUGAUGGAAUUUUAAUUACUGGCCAUUCGCUUUCUAUUGAUGAAUCCAGCAUGACUGGAGAGAGCAAGAUUGUGCACAAGAGUACUUCAGAACCAUUUCUCAUGUCUGGCUGUAAGGUAGCAGAUGGCAGCGGCACUAUGCUGGUGACGGGUGUUGGAAUCAAUACUGAGUGGGGGUUGCUUAUGGCAAGCAUUUCUGAAGAUACGGGUGAAGAAACGCCAUUGCAGGUGCGUCUGAAUGGCGUAGCUACUUUUAUUGGCAUUGUUGGACUUUCAGUAGCUGUUCUUGUCCUGGUUGUCCUGAUGAUCAGGUACUUUACUGGUCACACUAAAAAUCCCGAUGGAAGUAUCCAGUUUAAAGCAGGCCGGACAAGUGUUAGCGCUGCUGUAGAUGGAGCUAUAAAAAUCUUCACUGUUGCGGUUACAAUUGUCGUAGUUGCUGUACCUGAAGGGUUGCCCCUAGCUGUUACUUUAACUCUCGCCUACUCAAUGAGGAAAAUGAUGAGAGACAAAGCCUUAGUUCGUAGGCUUUCUGCUUGUGAAACCAUGGGCUCUGCCACAACUAUUUGUAGUGACAAAACUGGUACCUUAACUUUGAAUGAGAUGACUGUGGUUGAUGCUUAUGUUGGAGGUCAAAAGCUUGAUCCUCCAGACGACAAGGCUCGGUUGUCUGGUGUCCUUUCUUCUCUACUCAUUCAAGGUGUUGCACAAAAUACGAACGGAAGUGUUUUUGUACCUGAGGGUGGAGGAGAUGUCGAGGUUUCAGGAUCACCUACGGAGAAAGCUAUUCUUGUUUGGGGACUCAAGCUUGGAAUGGAUUUUGGUGCUGUAAGGUCACAAUCAACCUUGGUCCAUGUUUUCCCUUUCAACUCGGAGAAGAAAAGAGGUGGUGUUGCUUUGCAAUCGGCUGAAUCACAAGUGUAUAUUCACUGGAAGGGGGCUGCUGAAAUAGUUCUAGCGUGCUGCUCAAGGUACAGUGAUGCAAGUGGUGAAGUAGUACCCAUGGAUGAAGAUAAGGCACUCUUUUUCAAGAACGCCAUUGAAGAUAUGGCUGCUCGCAGUUUGCGUUGUGUUGCCAUUGCAUACAGACCAUAUGAGGAGAAAGUUCCUGCUGAUGAGCAGCAGCUGAUGCAAUGGAAGUUACCUGAAGAUGAUCUCAUAUUGCUGGCUAUUGUUGGUAUAAAGGAUCCUUGUCGACCCGGUGUUAGAGAUGCUAUCCAACUAUGCCAAAAUGCUGGAGUUAAGGUGCGGAUGGUUACUGGUGACAAUCUUCAAACUGCUAAAGCAAUUGCGUUGGAAUGUGGGAUACUAGGCUCUGAUGCUGAUGCUGUGGAGCCUAAUCUUAUAGAAGGAAGAAUAUUUCGUGCCUACUCAGAUGAACAAAGAGAAGAAAUUGCAGAGAAGAUCUCGGUCAUGGGUCGAUCUUCACCAAAUGAUAAGCUUCUUCUUGUGCAAGCGCUAAGGAAAAGAGGGCAUGUUGUUGCCGUUACAGGGGAUGGCACAAAUGAUGCUCCUGCUUUGCAUGAGGCAGAUAUUGGCCUUUCUAUGGGUAUUCAAGGAACGGAAGUUGCCAAGGAGAGUUCAGAUAUUAUCAUUCUCGAUGACAAUUUUGCUUCAGUCGUUAAGGUUGUCCGGUGGGGAAGAUCAGUCUAUGCCAAUAUUCAAAAGUUUAUCCAGUUUCAGCUCACUGUCAAUGUUGCUGCACUUAUCAUAAAUGUUGUAGCUGCUAUUUCUUCUGGUGAUGUGCCAUUAAACGCCGUACAGCUUCUAUGGGUUAAUCUCAUCAUGGAUACUCUUGGAGCAUUGGCAUUGGCAACUGAGCCACCUACAGAUCACCUAAUGCAUAGGCCCCCAGUUGGUCGAAGGGAACCUCUGAUAACUAAUAUAAUGUGGAGGAACCUGUUGAUACAGGCAUCAUAUCAAGUAAGUGUCUUGCUGGUUCUGAACUUCCAAGGAAAAAGGUUACUGAGCUUGCAGCAUGACAAUGCCGACCAUGCGAACAAAGUGAAGAACACCAUCAUAUUCAAUGCAUUUGUGCUCUGCCAAAUCUUCAACGAAUUCAAUGCAAGGAAGCCUGAUGAGAAAAACGUUUUCAGAGGGGUUACGAAAAACCGUCUUUUCAUCGGGAUAGUUGCAAUGACCCUCAUACUCCAGGUUGUCAUCAUUGAGUUCAUCGGGAAGUUCACUUCAACAGUAAAGCUGAACUGGAAGCACUGGUUACUUUCAGUUGGUAUUGCAUUCGUCAGCUGGCCGCUUGCGAUUGUUGGUAAGCUGAUUCCUGUCCCUAAAACUCCUCUGCACGAGUUCUUCACGAGGAAAUUCUAUCGACAUGGACGACAUUAACAAGGGCCCGAAGCGCUACAGGAAGGAGGAAUACAAAUUAUGCGGCUACUGACAAGUAUAGAGUACUAGCUCUCUUUUUUCGUUAGCGCGAUUUUUCUCUUAGUGGUUGUUUAUAUCAGAGAAAAGUAAGGAAAAGGGACCGAGGACAUUGGCUAGCAAUCCAGGUGGCCCUGUUUUCUCCAACUCUUCAAUUAGUUGUGAAGUAUUCUAUUCCACUGUGCAGAUACUCUUUAACUCUCAUCCUCGUUGCAAAUGCAUAGUGGCAGAUCAUUAUCCUGGACUGCUACUGUGUGCGAAUUUUACAUUUUGUGGCGGUGGUGGUGCAAUCGAAAGUUGAGUGUGGUAAUUUUGUUUUGUAAAACUUCUGUCACGGCAUUGGAUGGAGUUUUUGUUUGUUGAAAUUUGCUAAGAUUUGUACCAAUGAUUUGUAAAGGGUGAUGCUAGUGUGUCAAUACUGUUUUCAUUAGCAUGUUGUUAACAUUAGCUCCAACCAUCAGGAACAUUUUGUUUGGA